AUGAAGAUGACGAGCCAGAAAUGGGCAAGCAAGGAGGACAAGAAGCUGCUGAAGCCCCUGAUGGAGAAGCGGCGGAGGGACCGGAUGAACCAGAGCCUGGACCGCCUCCGCGUCUUGCUCUUUGAGGCCACGCAGGACGAGAGACUCAAGAACCCCAAAGUGGAGAAAGCAGAGAUUUUGCAAAAGACGGUUCAGUUUCUGAAGACGCAGCCUUUAUCAGCAACUAAGCACAAAGAGGAUGCCCUUUUGCAGAAGUACCACAGUGGCUACCGGGAGUGCCUCACCCAGGCCACCCACUUCCUGCGAGCCAGCCCGGGCAUCUGCACGGGCAAAAAGGCCUACCUGAUGGAGCACAUCUGCCACUGCAUGGAGAAGAUUGCUGCCAGCCCCCGGAGAGAGGUGCACCGGCCUCCGCCGGCAGCUCCCAACCCCACCUAUGAGCGGUAUAGUCCGGAUGUGUUUGCUGGGUGCAGCCCGCCUCUCGGGGGCGGCCCGGCAUACGUCCUGCACCCGCCCCCGGCCAGUUACUCUGCCAGCCAAGGACUCCAAGCCCGGAGCUCUGGCCCGGCCCAGCAAGACGGCUGCGCCCGGUCGCAACAGAACAAACUCUCCGAAACACAGAAUUCUGCGGUACAGUCUCCACAAGCGCUGAACGUCUGGAGGCCGUGGCCUUGA